CUCUUGGGCACUGGGCGAUGAGUCUGGAUAGCAAAAGCUGGGCUUUUGGCUAAAGGCACCCCCCACCAAGUGCGGAAGCCUCCCAAGGCAAACACAAGGAUGGGGGCAACGGGAGAUCCUUCUGAUCUUUCUAAAAUUCCCCUUGCUUCUAAGGAUGGUUGAAAAGGCUGCUUAGAUUUGCCCUGCUAUUUGGUCAGGGAAGGAGGGAGGGAGGCAGUAAGAAGCAGACUUUGCCCGGAAGCGACCUUGGCUCCAAGGCACACCUGCUUCCUUGGCAUUUGAAGAGGUUGGUAUCUUUGCCCCGGGUGUUUAGAGAAUCAAAGGAUCCUAGAGUUGGAGCUGGAAGAGACCUUAGAGACCGGUAGUAAGAUACUCCGACCGUCAAUUUUGUCAUCUAUAAAAUACCAGUGGUUGAGGGGAUUGCCCAUGGUUAUAGGUAAUAUAAGUCAAGUUAUGACUCGAGUCCAGAAUUCUAUCCAUUGGAACCUUCGAUCCAGGGGAAUUUGCCCGGAUCGUGGAAGGGUGUCCCAGAGGCGCAGAACUUUUAUUUCCUGGCGACCUGUUCUGUUGCAGAGAACUCUAGGGGGUCGACCAGGGCAGCUGCUCCGAGCAAGGAUUAGGGUGAAUCUGAAGUUGGUAGGGAGAGAGAAUCCUGCUUCCUUUCGUUGUCUUUGGGACAGGGAGAUUGUUCAAUCAAAGGCAGGAGUUAAUCUGAAGUUGGUAGGGAGAGAAUCCUGCUUCCUUUCGUUGUCUUUGGACAGGGAGAUUGUUCAAUCAAAGGCAGGAGUUCUUAAGUUCUUAAGAAUUUUUUUAAAAAAUCGGUAAUCACUUUUCAAUGCAAUUGCUUUCCUUUGUAUUUCUUAUUUAUUUUAUUUUCCGGGUUAAAAAUACUAUUUUGAGAAAAGGGUCCUUGGCUAGAGGUUCAUAGGUAAAAGUGGAUAUGAUACAUGCAAAAAAAGUUAAGAAAUACUGAUCUUGGGCAAAUCUGGCUUAAUUCAGGUGUAUAUUAAUUUACUUAUCUAUUUACUUGGGAAAGAAGCAAAUGAAAAUAUACAUGAUAAAAGAUAACUGACCAAAAAAUAAGCUGAUUGUAUAUUUGUCUUCUUCCAUUCACCCAGGAAGGGAUCCUUAACAGUGGGUGCUUUGGGGUAGGGAAAAUCUGCCAGUGAUCAAGGAGUUAAAUAGGAAAGGGGACAGGAGUGAUGAAGCAGGCAGUGUAUGCCCUAGAAAGCCACCAUUUAAUGUAACAGAUGCAGUAUUCUCUGGGUUAGGAAAGUAGAGUUUUUGUUUGUUUGCUUCCAAGAAUAGUCACCAGAGUCACAUAAGUAUGUUGACAAGAUUAUUUGUAUUUUGUGUUUUCCCUGAGAAACCCUAAACUCAAUAAGCCGUAGGGGCUUCUAAAUCUCAGUUGAGUGAGACCCUAGGAGUUCCAGGACCUAGAGAUGGUCCUGGACUCUUUCACCUCCUCCCCUCCACCUUAUGGCACCUCUUUCCAGAUUCCAACCCAAGCAAGCAGCCUAGGACAUUCUGUUUAUAUUUCCAGGAAGCUAGGUUAUUACUUCUAAUACCCCAAUAGCCUUGGACUGGACUUCAUUAUCCUUGACUGCACCAUUAGCACUCAUUCAUUUCCUGUCCAGGUUGAUUACGAUGUGCAGAGUUAGCCCAAAAUGUGGUAUUGGGUUAGAUUAAUGACUGUGUAAACCCUAAUUGCUACACUAUUACCUAAGCAGAGUAAAGGAGUGUAUGUGUCUAGUUCUCCUGUCCUUCCAGAGAGGAUCUAAUGUCACACGUGCGGUCAUGGAUCCUGGAGACAGACACACCUAUGUUAAUGCAACAAGGAAGUAUUUUGCUCUUUUAUUAUAUUUCCUCCUUACAUUCCAUGUCAUUAUGUGGCAUUUGCCACAUUCUAUGCAUUUUUAUUUUGUUAUGAAAACCUACUUAAGUCACCUACGUUUUAAGUACAGCCAGACUGAGAUGGAAGCUCCCUAGAGGUGGAGAUACUGAUACUUGGCUCUCCUUCAUUGUGACAAAUAGCUGAAAUAUCUGCUCAGGCUCACCUGCACCUGUACCCUUCAAAGACCAUUACUUUGCUUUGGGGGUGGUCUAGAUUCCAGAAGAUCUGAAAACAUUUGUUUUUCCCUGCCUCCAACUCCCAUGAAGCUGUUAAGGAAACUAUGCCCCAGACACCAAUCUUCUCCAGUAUGCUUGGGUCUAGUUGUAGUGGACAGGUGCAGCCAGACAUGGGAGAACGGAGUGGUGGAGACCUCGUUUUCCAGGAUGGGAAUCUUAUCUCCGGAUCCCUAGAAGCCUUGAUUGAGCACCUGGUCCCCACCGUGGAUUAUUAUCCAGAUAGGACUUACAUAUUCACCUUCCUCCUGAGCUCCCGAAUCUUCAUCCCUCCAUAUGACCUUCUGGCCAAGGUGGGCCAGAUCUGUACCAAGCAGAAGCAGCAGAUGGAGGCUGAGACAGAAAAGGCCAAACUAAAGUCUUUCACUGCCAAGAUUAUCCAGCUUCUCAAAGAAUGGACUGAGGCAUUCCCAUAUGAUUUCCAGGAUGAGAAGGUCAUGAAGGAACUAAAAGAGAUCACUCACAGAAUCACACAGUGUGAUGAGGAGAAUGGGACGGUGAAGACAACAAUCACCCAGAUGACCCAGAAUCUCAUCCUGUCCCUUACUACCAGGAACCAGUUCCAGGAAAUAAGGGAGAAGUUCCGCCAGCCUGUAACAGACAAAGGGGCUAUUCUGAAGUCAAAGCCCCAGGCAGCUCAGAAGGAUAUCCUAAGUGUGUGUUGUGACCCACUCAUUCUGGCCCAGCAGCUCACCCAUGUAGAACUGGAGAGGGUCAGCAACAUUUACCCUGAGGAUCUGAUGCAGAUAGUCAGCCACAUGGACUCUCUAGAUAAUCAUAAGUGCCGAGGGGAUGUCACCAAGACUUAUACUCUAGAGGCCUAUGAUAAUUGGUUCAACUGCCUGAGCAUGCUGGUGGCCACGGAGAUUUGCAGGGUGGUAAAGAAAAAGCAAAGAACAAGAAUGGUGGAAUUCUUCAUUGAUGUGGCAAGAGAGUGUUUCAACAUUGGGAAUUUUAAUUCCAUGAUGGCAAUUAUCUCUGGUAUGAACCUGAGUCCAGUGGCAAGACUAAAGAAAACAUGGUCCAAAGUCAAGACUGCUAAAUUUGAUGUUCUGGAGCACCACAUGGACCCAUCCAGCAACUUCUGCAACUAUCGAACUGCUCUGCAAGGGGCUGCCCAGAGGUCCCAGACUGCCAAUAGUAGCAGGGAGAAGAUAGUCAUCCCAGUUUUCAAUCUCUUCAUCAAGGACAUCUACUUCCUGCACAAAAUACACACUAAUCGACUGCCAAAUGGUCAAAUAAACUUCAAGAAAUUUUGGGAGAUUUCCAGACAAAUUCAUGACUUUAUGACAUGGAAACAAGUGGAAUGUCCUUUUGAGAAAGAUAAGAAGAUCCAGAGUUACUUACUCACAGCACCUAUUUACAGUGAAGAAGCUCUCUUUGUGGCAUCCUUUGAAAGUGAAGGUCCAGAAAAUCAUAUGGAAAAAGACAGCUGGAAGACACUCAGGACAACUCUCCUUAACAGAGCCUGAAAUUUCAGGGUACAGCUUGUAGAAGUGGAGAAAAAAAAGCACAUGAAUGAACCAAGUUUUUAUCCUGAAUGACAGGGGUUGAGAUGAGCAAGACCUCACUGGUUGGGGCCUGUUUUGUAUAUACCUUUUGUGAAAAAAAAAGGGUAAAUAUUUCGUGCAUCAACCUUAAGGCACCUAAAAAAUGAAGGUUUUUGUUUAUUUUAAAUAUCAGGGCAGGGCCCUGUUUGGGGACAGGGGGGAUUAUCAUGGGAGAGAGUAUCCAUGGUAAUGUCUUAAUCUAAUAAAAUGUAGAUUUUUAUUUUCCAUGUUUGAUUACUUCCAUCUUAAGAAAAAAAUUAAAAACCCAACCAAAUACAACCUGGACACUGCACAGGUUCAGUGCCCUAUCAGACAGUCUCUACAGCAGUGUCUCUCUAAAGUCGGGGACUAGUGCCUUAUAAGGUACUGAAAUUGUCUAGUGUACCUAUUCCUUUCAAGCUGGAAGUAAGCAAAUUCAAACCAGGAGGGAUGGAGACCCAGAAAGCAGCUACAUCUUUGUAAAUAUGUGGGGAGAUAUUAUGGCACAUGGACUAGAGCAUACCUACCUAUAAUAGCAAAACAGCAGCAUUCCAUUUUUUCUGGACUUGUUGGAAGAAUGGGAUAACUGCUAAAGCUAUGAGGAGUUUUAUGUCUGAAUGCUUCUGGAGAAGAUUAUUUAAGUUUGGGUCGUCAGUAGUUUACAUUUUCAUUUCCUUUAUUAGGAAGUUAUUGGGAGGGGGGAAAUAAGUUUUUAUGUAAUCUACAAACUACACACUUAGAUACAGAAUUUUCUCUAAUGAUAUGUCUGGCAAAAAUUGUUCAUAGGAGCCUUUCAGAGAAAAGGGGAAGGGGAAAGGGUAAAUCUAAAAUAAGGCAAGGGAUGUAGAUGCAAAACAGAUGUAAAUUAUUAAGGUUGUAGCAAUAGAGAAAAAACUGUGGCAUUUCAAGCCAUUGUUUGAACCCCAGUGCAAAGUGAAAAUUAGGUUCUUUGGUCAGCCAAUGAUUCUAGAUGAUUACUCCCUCCUUCCAACUGUUCUCAGAUAGAUGUUUAAUUAGGACACUGAAAAACUAAAUGUUAGCAAAAACCAUUGACAAAUGUAACUAUUCAUGUAAAAACUGCCAAUCAUUAGAAAAUAUUUUCUAUAUCCCUUAUUAUAGAAGUAAAUCAUUUCCCCCAUAUCUUCUUCAAAGGACUACACAUUGACUCUUUUCAAUCAUGAGAAAGUAUCAGUUUCACUCCAUGAUUUCCUAUAAACCCAUACUUCCAAUAUAUCUUCUUUCCUCAUAGAUUUUGUUUCUAGGCAUUCAUUUACACCAGAAAAUAAAACUAGAAAACCUAGGUAGAUGUAUUUUGUUUGUUUUCUGUUCCCAUAGCACUGAAAGAAAGAGGAACAAAUGUUGAAUAGAUGCCUUGAAAUCAGAUGCUCAGAUGGAAGGAGGUGGUAGGAGAUGGGACUAGCUUAAUAGCCUGGAGAGAGGAGAGGGAAGGUGACUGUUUUUGUGAUCUGCUGCUAUAUUCCUGUGCUAAAGAAGUGAAUUCUCAGCCCUGUGGUAGAGUAAGAAUAUUUAUACUGUAUUAUUACAGUGUUUUGCACUUUUCAGAGACAUUCUAGAUCGUACAUAUUGUCAAACACUAUAAAAGAAAUUGUAUAUCAGCUUUGUUUAUGUAUUUGAGAUAAAGAAAGGGAUGCUUAAAAUUUAAGAAAUAUAUAUAUAUAUAUAUAUAUAUUUGAAAUGCAAUUUUAGACCACUUUCUGUACAAGUAUUAAAAAGCUUUCACAUAAA